CCUCAAUGGCAUCGGGGUCGGCCACGCCCUGCUGGACCGCGUCUGCCAGGUCACUUCCUCCCAUGGACUGCAUAGCAAACUGACCGGGGCUGGGGGAGGCGGCUGCGCCAUCACUUUGCUUCGACCAGGGUCUUCUGGAGUGAUGCCACCAGAGCCGUCUCGCCCUCUCUUCCGCCAUGUUGGCCUGCCUGCAGAGGACCCAGAACCCACCGAGGCAGCCUCUGGGUUGUCCGAAUAAGGCCCCGGAGCCACGCAAGGGUGAAGCCAUGGCUCCCAUCCGUUCCCCGCGAUACCCCAGCCCAGCUGAGCUCGACGCUUAUGCACAGAAGGUGGCAAACAACCCUCUCACCAUCAAGAUCUUCCCCACCAACAUCAGGGUCCCCCAGCACAAGCACCUUAACCGGACGGUGAACGGGUACGACACGAUGGGCCAGCGCUACAGCCCCUACCCUCUGCACGCCAGCAGCUACCAGGGCCUCCUGGCCGUCGUGAAGGCAUCCGCCGGCAAAGGGGCCGUGAAGAGUGCUGAGGGCAAGCGGACUAAGAUGUCCCCUGCCCACGUGGCAGUAGCCCCCUACUCAGUGACGAGCACUUUAGCACCCGGGCCGUCCUGCGCAGCCCAGCUCGGCUAUCCUGGUGGCCAGAAGCAGAUGGAGGCGCCCGUCCCUCCCAACGUCACGGUGGCCGCCUCGGUCGUCCCUCAUGCCGGCCGGAGCUUGGUGCUGCCCCAGGCCAACCUGCCCUCCAUCCAGAACAUCAUUUUUCAGAUCAAUCAGCAGUGCCAGGCUCAGGCUGGGCAGCAGAUGUGCCAGGGGGUGUUGGUGGCCAACCCCAGCCCGGCCAAGCACGGCACCGCGAGCAGCUUCACUACAAUGGCUACGGUGGGGGCAGCAGUGGCCUACACGGGUGCCGUGUUGCCGGAUUGUCGGAAGGGCGCCGAGCUGGUGACCGGCUCCAACCCGGGCAGUGGCCUGGCGGGACCCAAGCCGGGUCUCUACCCAGACAGCAUGGAUUAUCUGCUGUGGCAGCAGAAGCAGCCGCCGCUGCGGAUGUACAGUGCGGGCAGCGGGGGGGCCGUCAGCAAGUCGCCCGAGGUGUGUGCUGGGCUCUUGCGUGCCUACCCCGUGAGCAGUGCCAACGCUGCGGACAAAGUGAGCUCUUCGCCCUUGAACUGUGUGGGUGUGCACGGGAAUUUCUCGGUGGGGCAGUACUUCACCCCCGCUUGGAACAGCGUCUUGGUUACGCCCAACAGCAGCGACUGCUACAACGCCCAGGAGCUGCCCACUGGGCCCCGGGACCUGGGCCUGCCCCCCUCAGACGGGCUGCCCAGCCUGCCCAGCAAGGCGGCGUGCAACACCUCCAUCCUCAGCAGCAGCCUGCAGUCCCUGGAGUACCUGAUCAACGACAUUCACCCACCCUGCAUCAAGGAGCAGAUGCUGGGCAAGGGCUACGAGACGGUCUCUGUGCCCCGCCUCCUGGACCACCAGCACGCCCACAUCCGCCUGCCCGUCUACAGAUAAGGGCAGAGGCGCCCCCGGACCAGGCUGCCCACAGUGGGGACACAGGAAGGGGUCAUACGGCUAAGGAUGUGAACAGGGAGAUUUUGCUGCUAUUCCGGGGGUGCUCUGUGGGAUGAGAACGGGUGCAUGCCUUCCUGCGGGCAUUGCCAGCCGGACUACCUGGGAAGCCCCCCCCCCCCAUCCUCUUUCUGCCCUGGGUGACGCCUGGGGGCAUUUGAAAUGCAUCGUGACCGGGGGAGGGCAAGGAAGGGUGCAGACUCCCCCCGACCCCUCCCAUUAAUCCAGGGGGGCUUAGUGAUUCUGCCUCCUUUCUAGAUGAAGUCUGUAACUUGCACUGUUUCGAUUUAAAGCUAAUAAUUGGGGUGGGGGCGAAGGUCUGGAGGCUUGUCUAAAGAAGGAAAAAAACACUUGAAAACUUGAAGUGACUUUUUUUAGUUUGAACCUGCUGUACAGUUUUUGGCUGCUAUAAGAUGGAUUUUCCCACCCCUCCAUCACAUCAGCAUAACCCCAGGAGGUUUCUGAAUUAAAACAUUUAUUAUUAUUAUUA